AUGACAAUAUCAGUGAAAAGAGAGCGUGAAGAAGGUAUUGAUAAUGAUGCCUUUGACGAGCUCCUAGAACCUAUGUAUAAGGGGAAAUCUUUAACCGAUCCGAUCAAUACAGCUGAAGAUAAAUGGAAUCUACUACCUGCGUUUUUGAAAGUUAAAGGUUUGGUUAAACAACAUUUGGACUCUUAUAACUAUUUUGUUGAUGUUGAUUUGAAGAAGAUCAUCAGGGCAAACGAAAAGGUCCUGAGUGACGUCGACCCAGAUUUUUACUUAAAGUAUUUGGAUAUUAGGGUCGGUUAUAAGAGUAAGGCUGAUCCAAAACAAAUAGAAGUUCAAUUUCCACCUCAUGAAUGUAGGUUGAGGGAUAUGACUUAUGGUGCACCUAUAUAUGUCGAUGUUGAAUAUACUAGAGGAAGAAAAAUUAUUAUACAUAGAGAUUUGGAAAUUGGUAGAAUGCCAAUUAUGUUACGAUCAAAUAAAUGUGUUUUGAAUGGUAGAACUGAGAAUGAAAUGGCAUAUCUAAAUGAAUGUCCGCUUGAUCCAGGUGGGUAUUUUAUUGUUAAUGGUACUGAAAAAGUUAUUUUAGUCCAGGAACAAUUGAGUAAAAAUAGAAUUAUUGUUGAAGCUGAUGAUAAGAAAAGUAUUGUUCAGGCCUCAGUCACCUCUUCCACACACGAAAGAAAAUCUAAAACCUAUGUUGUCACCAAAAAUGAUAAGAUCUAUCUAAAGCAUAAUUCCAUUAGCGAGGAAGUUCCAAUUGUUAUUGUUUUGAAGGCCGCAGGUAUUGUUUCCGAUUUAGAAAUUUUACAGCUUGUCUGUGGUGAUGAUUCGGUUUACCAGGACAUUUUUGCAAUCAAUUUUGAAGAGGCUUCUAAGUUGGGUGUCUACACCCAAAGAGAAGCUUUGGAGUAUAUAGGUAGAAAGGUCAAGACCAUUAGAAGAUUAAAUGCUCCAAAGUUGUCGGUCUUACAGGAAGGUAUUGAGGCAAUUGCUUCGACUCUAAUUGCUCAUUUGUCUGUAGAAAAUUUAGAUUUCAGAGAAAAGGCUUUAUAUAUUGCAAUUAUGACUAGAAGAGUCGUCAUGACUAUGCAUAAUCCAAAACUAGUGGAUGACAGAGAUUAUGUUGGUAAUAAACGUCUAGAAUUGGCGGGUCAAUUGAUGUCUCUAUUAUUUGAAGAUUUAUUCAAGAAAUUCAAUAAUGAUUUUAAAAUGAACUUGGAUAAAAUAUUGAAAAAACCUAGUAGAGCUUCUGAAUUUGAUGCUUUGUUACACAUCAAUAUUCAUUCUAACAACAUCACCACCGGUUUGAAUAGAGCUAUAUCAACAGGUAAUUGGUCUUUGAAGAGAUUUAAGAUGGAAAGGGCAGGUGUUACGCAUGUUUUGUCAAGACUAUCAUAUAUUUCUGCUUUGGGUAUGAUGACCAGAAUCUCCUCCCAAUUUGAAAAAUCAAGAAAAGUUUCGGGUCCAAGAGCUUUACAACCAUCUCAAUUUGGUAUGCUCUGUACUUCUGAUACCCCUGAGGGUGAGGCGUGUGGUUUAGUUAAAAACUUAGCUUUAAUGACACAUAUUACAACUGACGAUGAAGAAACUCCAAUUAGAAAAUUAUGUUAUAUCUUAGGUGCAGAAAAUAUCAAUAUUGCUGAUUCCUCGACAUUGCACAGGAACGGUACAUUUGGUGUUUAUCUUAAUGGUACAUUGAUUGCUACUACCAGAUUCCCGAACAAGUUUGUCAAAACUUUUAGAUUUUUGAGGCGGACGGGUAAAGUUUCAGCUUUUGUUUCAAUCUACACCAAUGUUCAUCAAAACGCUGUUCAUAUUGCUGCUGAUGGUGGUCGUAUUUGUAGACCAUUGAUCAUUGUUGAAAAUGGUGAAUCGAAAGUUAAGGAAGAUCAUCUGCGUAAAUUGAAAAACGGCGAUUGGGAAUUUGAUGAUUUCCUAGUUAAUGGACUAGUUGAAUACUUAGACGUUAAUGAGGAGAAUGAUUCUUUGAUUGCCCUCUAUGAAAAUGACAUCAUAAUGGCAACAACACAUUUGGAAAUCGAACCGUUCACUGUUUUGGGGGCUGUCGCAGGUUUAAUUCCAUACCCUCAUCACAACCAAUCUCCAAGAAAUACCUAUCAAUGUGCCAUGGGUAAACAAGCAAUUGGUGCAAUUGCUUAUAACCAAUUUAGAAGAAUUGAUACGUUGUUGUACACAAUGUGUUAUCCACAGCAGCCGAUGGUGAAAUCAAAAACCAUUGAGCUUAUUCAAUAUGAUAAGUUACCUGCAGGCCAAAAUGCCACUGUUGCAGUUAUGUCUUAUUCGGGUUAUGAUAUUGAAGAUGCGUUAGUUCUAAAUAAAUCGUCAAUUGAUAGAGGUUUUGGUAGAUGCCAAGUUUUCAGGAAAAAUACUGCAAUUUUGAAAAGAUAUCCAAAUCAGUCAAAAGAUAUCUUGGCGGGUAUGCGUGUCAAUGAAGACGGCGAACCAAUUUGGCAACAUACCCCACUAGGUCCAGAUGGAUUGGGUGAAGUCGGUAUGAGGAUCCAAAGUGGACAAAUUUACGUCAAUAAAUGUGUCCCAACAAAUGCAUCUGAAUCAGUAUUAGGUGGUCCGCAACAACAGCAACAACAGCCCCAGCAAACUCAUAGAGAUCAGCCAAUGACUUACCGAGCUCCAGAGCCUUCGUAUAUUGAUCAGGUCAUGAUGUCUGUCAGUGAUAAUGAUCAGGCAUUGAUUAAAGUUUUGCUAAGACAAACUCGUCGUCCAGAAUUGGGUGAUAAAUUUUCAUCUAGACAUGGUCAGAAGGGUGUCUGCGGUAUCAUUGUUCAACAGGAAGAUAUGCCAUUUAAUGAUCAAGGUGUAUGCCCGGAUAUUAUUAUGAACCCCCAUGGUUUCCCAUCUCGUAUGACUGUGGGUAAAAUGCUUGAAUUAGUUUCGGGAAAAGCUGGUGUUCUAGAUGGUUCGUUACAGUAUGGUACAUGUUUUGGUGGUUCUAAGUUAGAAGAUAUGUCAAAGAUUCUAGUUGAUAAAGGCUUCAAUUAUUCCGGUAAGGACAUGCUCUAUAGUGGUAUUACAGGUGAAUGUUUACAGGCUUACAUUUUCUUUGGUCCUAUUUAUUACCAAAAAUUAAAGCAUAUGGUUUUGGAUAAAAUGCAUGCUAGAGCACGAGGUCCUAGAGCCGUUCUCACUAGACAGCCGACUGAAGGUAGGUCUAGAGAUGGUGGUUUAAGAUUGGGAGAGAUGGAAAGAGAUUGUGUUAUUGCCUACGGAGCAUCACAAUUGUUGCUAGAGAGAUUGAUGCUGAGUUCAGAUGCCUUUGACGUUGAUGUUUGUAACUCAUGUGGUUUAAUGGGCUAUAAUGGUUGGUGUCCAACCUGUAAAACAAGUGAAAAUAUUAUUAAAAUGACAAUACCGUAUGCAGCUAAGUUGUUAUUCCAAGAACUGAUUUCGAUGAAUAUUGCACCACGUUUGAAAUUAGGUGAUGUCUUUUAG